CCCUGCCCCUCCUUGCCAUUGCCAUUGUUCCUCAUGUUUCCCGCUCUCCAUCGACUUCGACAAGUCUCGCAACAUAUCUUGCAACCCAAAGCUAUCUCCCGCUUUUCACAUCCAGCUACCUGCAGAAGCUCUUUCUUCCCCGCACAGCCUAUCUUGAAUCCAGCACGCACCAUGGCUACAGGUAACAGCGGCAAGAUCACAGACUGGGUCAAUCCCAAUGACAAGUCGGGCGAGUUCAAGCGCCAGACGUCAGUCUUCCGCAACUGGAUCUCCAGAGAGCCUGGCGCUCAAUUCCCUCCCGAGAAGGGCCGUUAUCACCUCUACGUCUCUUACGCCUGUCCUUGGGCCCACCGGACUUUGAUCACGCGCAAGCUCAAGGGUCUUGAGGAUAUCAUCUCCUUCACCUCAGUCCACUGGCACCUAGGAGAAAAGGGCUGGCGCUUCGCAACCGCUGAAGAACAACAACCCGAAGAAAAUGUCACCACAGACCCUCUACACGACUACACCCACCUGCGCGAAAUCUACUUUUCCAAUGACCCCGACUACACCGGCCGGUUCACCGUCCCCGUCCUAUUCGACAAGAAAACCAACCGCAUCGUAAGCAACGAGAGCGCCGAAAUCAUCCGCAUGCUCUACUACGAAUUCGAUGACCUUCUCCCGGAACCUUACAAAUCCAUCGACCUAUUCCCCUCGUCCCUCCGCACGGAGAUUGACUCCUCCAACGAAUGGAUCUACAACGACGUCAACAACGGCGUCUACAAGUCCGGCUUCGCCACCACGCAAGAAGCAUACGAGAAAGCCGUCACGACAUUGUUCUCCUCUCUCGACAAGAUCGAGGCUCAUCUGUCGGACUCGAAGAACGCACCGUACUUCUUCGGCUCGGAGAUCACGGAGGCGGAUAUUCGUCUGUUCACGACAAUCAUUCGCUUUGAUCCGGUCUAUGUGCAGCACUUUAAGUGCAAUAUUCGGGAUAUUCGGUCCGGGUACCCGGCUAUUCAUCGCUGGAUGAGGAAGUUGUAUUGGGAUGUGCCGGCUUUUAAGGAGACGACGAACUUUGAGCAUAUCAAGUUCCACUAUACCAAGAGUCAUAAGCAGAUUAAUCAGUUUGCGAUUACCCCGGUUGGGCCGUUGCCGGAUGUUUUGCCCAAGGAUGAGGAGGUUAGGGCUGUUAAGGGUGCUUAGGGGGAGUUCUUUGGUGGAUUUAGGAUAUGUUGAUGUUAAUAAUACUGUAAGGUCUUUGGUAUCAUUUGCAAAUAUGCAAGUAGUUUUAUUUCAGCUGAAUGUGCAAGC